CAACGCAGACGCCUCCAGUAAGCGUACGCUGCUCAUUACUGUUUGUGCCAAUGCCUCGGCUCCAUUGCUAACCUGAUUUACCUAGACACAUCCGCCGCAUCCUUCAACGUGAAUGGUCUUAGCCCAAGCGGCUCCGGCUAUCAAUCCUCGUCGCACGAGAAGACACCCUCUCCGAUUGCCUCCAACAUGAUUCCCAACGGACUUGUCUCGCCAUCGACUACCAACAUGAGCGUUGCCGCAAUGGUAUCCCCCAGUACUCCCAGCAGUCUCGAUGCACGCCGCGACCGACCCACGUCGAUCGAGUCCAACGGUCUCGGUCCCAACCCUGGCCCUACGAUGGGCGACACCUUGGCGCCUGGUAUGGCAGCAAUGAGAAGGGAGAGUGUUGACAGCCGCAUCAACCAGAACUUUGGCGAUUUGCGCCUGGGAGGCUCUCCUUAUGCAUCUCACAAUCACUCAACUACCUCGAUACAAAACACCCUCCAUAAUCAGCGGAACCCUCAUCAUUUAUCAGUCCAUCGCAUCUCAAACGGCUACCAACCCAGUGCGGAGCGAAACCCUGAGGGCAAGACGGUCAAAACUGCACCGGCCAUCACUGGUCCUGCCACCGGACACAUCGCGCGCGCUGCAGAGCCCACCAAAGGUCAAGCAUGGGCGUUUCCCGAAGAAGAGAUUCAGCGAGUCGGUGGCGCCCCCACGUACACCGACUCGCGGCGUAGCAGUAUCACCGAGUCUAUCGCGAGUAGCCAAUUCACAACAGAGUCUCGCCUACCUCCUGGUCAGAUGAGACUGAACGAGUCCGAGUACUCUCGCAUGUCCAACGCAUCCGACUUUCCGCCUGUUCACCAUCACUCUAUGCAGCAUAAGCAAUUGAGUGACCUCCAGGCCGAAGAAGGGAAUGGUUCAACGGGCUCGCAACCAUAUAGUCGAACACCCGAAUUGAGAGUCAGCCACAAGCUUGCUGAACGGAAAAGACGAACGGAGAUGAAGGAGCUCUUUGAUCAGCUUAGAGAUCUCAUGCCUCAGGAACGAGGUUCCAAAGCCUCCAAGUGGGAAAUUCUAACUAAAGCCAUUGCAGAGCAUCAGAAGCAGCAAGAUAUCAUUCGAGCAUUACAAGAUCACUACAAGUCCAACACGGCCGAGAACGAGAUGCUUCGCCGAGAUGUCCAUGCGCUACGAAUGGAAAACCAACAGCUUCGUUCAGAGCUCAACUCUUCCUCUUCACGCCCUCCAUUAUCUUCAGCAGCAACACCAGCACCACAGGCCGGGACUUAUCAGGCAGACCCCUACCCUAACCCGAACCGACCAGAACUGCCACCCCUCAGGUCGCUCCGUAACAGUAUUCCAAAUGGACCGGACUCUAUGACGGGUGUUCAGUACGACAGUCCUCGUACAAAUGGCUAUCAUUAGACGGGACCAAUCGAAUGUUCCGGGAAAUGAGGCUCAGCGGGGAAUACUUGCCCCCAAAAACGUCCACCAUCUUAAACCUGUUGGAACUCGAUUAAUGAAUGAAUGACGGCGAAAAGUUAUGACACCGGGAGAGCACAAGGCUGGACUCGACUACUAUCGCUGGGUCACCAGCGAUGCUCUGAGCCACAACACAAGGGCGCCGUGGCAUUAGAUUUGCUUAGCUGCUUCUGUUUUGUUUUGUCUUUUUCGGCAACGCUGCCGCCCAGUGUACCAGUACGGCAAACGGACCGUGAACUGUCACUCUUUGUCAAUUUCUUGUUCAGUACUAGGUCUUUAUCUCAUUCUGUCUUUUUUUUUCUUUCUUUUCUUCUUCUUCUUCUUCUUCUU